AUGUAUUCCUGCGCAAACUAUCCCCGUGGGUGCCGAGGCCGUGUUAACCGACAAGGAGCGAAAUGCUCUGACUGUGUUGUAUGUGAUCAUUAA